AUGGGUAACGAGAAUGGAAGGAUCCUUUCACCCACAGAAGUCAGAACAAUGAAUGGUGAUGUUAAAAUGAAGUUAAAUAAUAAAUCAAUAAAAUACUCAUUAAAAUUUGUUAUUAGAGGUGAAAGAAAUACAGGUAAAUCAUCGUUAUUUAAUAGAUUACAAGGCUUACCAUUUUCAGAUCAAUAUAAACCAACACCUGAAAUCCAAAUAUCCCAUAUAAACUGGGAUUAUAAAAAUACAGAUGAUAUUGUAGAUGUCGAAAUUUGGGAUAUUGUAGAUAUUGCAAGUAACACCAAUAUAUCUAAUCCAACAAAUAAUGCAAGUGGUUCAAAAUUAAAAAUGACAGCCCAAAAAUCAAGUGCAAUAGCAGCAACAACAACAGAAUCAGCAGUAAAAACAGCAGAAAGUGAGUUUGGCGAUGUUGAUGAAUCAUUUUAUGAUGAUGUUGAAACUUUUGAUAUUGAAAAAAAAAUUACUUCAACAAUAAAUUCUCAAGCUUUAAAGAACACUGGCGGUAGUUUUAAGUUUGGUGGUUUGGAUUCAAGAGCUUUAAAUGUUUAUAAAAAUGUAAAUGCAGUUAUCUUUAUGAUGGACCCAUCAAAGAAAUGGACCUACAAAUACAUCGAAAAAGAAAUGGAUAAGGUACCACUAGAUAAAUAUAUUUUAGUAAUUUCAAAUUUUAGGGAUAAAAACCCAAUUGGUAUUGGUGAUGACAUAAAGAAUGUAGUUAGUUGGGCCGAUAUCAACUUAUUAUUAAAUAAAAGAGAAAAGAUUUCCCAUAUUGAGGCAUCAAUGCUAAAUGCUUUUGGUUUACAAAAUAUUGUUAGAUUCUUCAAUAUACCAUUUUUAGAAAUGCAAAGAAUAUCUUUACACCAACAAAUAGAAAGAAAUGAAGCUGAAUUAAUCUCUUCAAAACAAGAAUUAGAAUUGAUGUUAAAAGAAUCCAAUUAUAAUGAUUUUAUUAUUAGAAAACAAAAACAACAACAACAGCAACAACCACAACCACCUUCACCACAACAAAAUCCACAACCAACCCCACAAUCACCUCCAUCAAAUCAACCACAACCACAGCUCCAACAACAACCACAACCAAAACCAGUUCAAUCACCACCAUCACCAGCCCAACAACCAGCCCAAUCACCACCAGUUCAAUCAAGUGGUGGCUUCUUUUCUAGAUUUUUCUCAUCUUCAAGUAAGGAGGAUGCUAUUGUAAAUAAACAACAACCAGCACAACAACCAAUACAACCAAAGCAACCACCACAAAAUUUACCCAAGAUGCCAGAGGUUUUGUCAAGUGUUGAUGAAUUCGUUGCAGGUGGAAAUGAUGACGAUGAUUUUUAUAACGAUAAGCCAUCAAAAUCCUCAAUCAUUAAAAAUUUAAUAAAUAUAGGUGGCAAACAGACACAGGAAGAUAGAUUUGGUGAUUCUGAUGAUGACGAUGAAUCAAACAACCCAUGGGUUUCAAAACAAGAGGAUGAUUUUUAUUCAUCACCAAAGAAAGUAGUUUCUAAACCAACCCAAAUAAAACAAACAAAACCGCAACCACAACCAAUAGUAUCUCCACCAAAAACAAUUACCUCACCAAAACAACCACAACAACAAAAAUCUACCAAUAUGGUAUCACCACCAAAAGUAACUAUUGAACAAACAAAACCAACAGUUUCUCCAGCAUCAAAACAAUCAAGUAAAAAAUCAGCAAUUGAAGAUUUUAAUCCAUUUGGUAACGAUGAAGUUAAGUUUGGGGAAUCAGACGAAGAUGAUUAUAAGCCAGUUACCAAUAAAAAUAAUAAACCAAUUAAAUUUAAUGAUGAAUCAUCUGAUGAUGACUAUAAUCCAUAUGUAGCUAAGGAUGAAUCAGAUGAUGAUAUUCCAGUUUCUAUCACCAUAUCAAAACCUAAAUCACCAUUAUCAAAGCCAAUAACUUCACCUAAAGCAAUCCCAACACAACAAAAAUCAAAUACAAGUUUAUCAACCUCACCAAAACCAAUAGCAGCAUCACCAAAAUCAAUAGCAACCUCCCCAAAAUCUUCACCAAUGGCAAUCUCCCCAAAAAUAGCUCUUUCAGUAUCACCAAAUAUGGGAACUAAAAAGUCAGCAAUUGAAGAUUUUAAUCCAUUUGGUAAUGACGAAGUUAAAUUUAAUGAUUCAGAGGAUGAUGACUAUAAACCAGUUGCCUCAAGUCCAAAACCAAUAAUUUCAUCUUCACCAAAACCAAAAUCAAACCCCAUUUUAUCAAAAUCACCACCAACAACCAUUUCACCAAAAUCAUCACCAAAAACUGUAUCGCCAAAAAAUAGUUCACCCAAAUCAUCAACACCCAAAACCCAACCAAAACCAGUUAAAUUUAAUGAUAGUGAUGAUGAACACGAUAGUAAUCCAUUUGUAACAAAAAAUCAAGAUGAAGAUAGCGAUAGCGAAAAUGACUCUGCUAAAUUUAAUAGUAACUUCAAACCACCAUCAAAACCAAUUAAAUUCAACGAUGAUGAAGAUGAUGGUCCAAAUCCUUUAGUAGCCAAAGAUGAUGACUAUGAAGAUUUCUUUUAA